ACAAGUUUUCCAUUCUACACUCUCAAAUAAAAAAUCAGUGUGUUGUGGCAGUGCAUUUUGGCAGUUACUAGCUUUAGGUUUACUUUUAAUUGAGGUUAGAAUUUCACCUGACACCACUCCGAAACAACAAAUCUUCUGUCAAAUAUGUUUUGCCUACCAAGUCCAUCCUCUCGAGCACUAGCGGUGUCAUCAAUUAUUUGUUGCUAUGUAAUUUCAUCAACAUUCGCCGAGGAAUUCCCUCGGGAAAUGGAAAAACCGAACCAACAUACCACCGAGGAUAGCAACCAACUAGAUUCAAAAGUUUUAAAGUCGAGCAAUCUAGGAUUCAUACAUGCCUUCGUCGGGUCGCUCUCGGUGAUACUUGUGUCAGAGCUUGGUGACAAAACAUUUUUCAUCGCCGCUAUCAUGGCAAUGAAGCAUCCAAGGUUAACAGUUUUCUCUGGAGCUAUUGCGGCUCUUGCUUUAAUGACUAUCCUCUCAGUACUCUUUGGAUACGCGGCGACAAUAAUUCCACGUGAAUACGUUAAUUAUAUAUCAACGGCGUUGUUCACGUUAUUCGGGCUGAAGAUGCUGAAAGAUGGAUACUAUAUGGCGCCUACAGAAGGCCAAGAAGAGCUCGAAGAAGUCCAGCUGGACUUAAGAAAACGCGAAGACGAGUUCGAGAAAAAAACUGCUGGGACAAUAGAGCAAGAUCCAGAGACAGGUGUGAUUAAAAAAACAAAAGUUAAUCCGUGGAUGUUGUUAUCUCGGAUUUUCUUACAAGCAUUUACUUUGACGUUUUUGGCUGAAUGGGGAGACAGAUCUCAACUUACUACUAUUCUUCUUGCUGCUCGUGAGGAUGUUUAUGGUGUAAUUGUGGGUGGUAUCCUGGGACAUUCGAUGUGCACUGGAUUAGCUGUCUUGGGAGGUCGAAUGAUUGCUCAAAAAAUCUCCGUCCGUACUGUAACAAUAAUCGGUGGAGUUGUCUUCCUAAUCUUCGCACUGACUACGCUUUUUAUAGACCCCACUAAGAGUACGUGAAAUAGAUCUUAAAUCCUUAAAUUAAAUUACAACGUACAUUAAAAUACUUUCCUAAAUUAUGGAUAUCGAAAUUAUAUAUUAUAUUUUAUAUUAGUUACUAGUUAAUAUUAAUUACUAAUUACUAUUGCUAUCACUAGUGUAAAUUGACUUAUUUUUUAAAAUUCUAUCAUAGGAUUUGAACGCUUCAUUUAUAUUGAAAAAAAAAAAAAAAAUAUUUUUUACGGGCAUCUCACUUAUUACUGCGAGUGUAUUAUACUAAUAGCAUUCGCGUACCUGAUUAUGAAAUUAAUUCAAACACUAUAGUUUGUAUUGUUUAAUAAUCAAUACAUUAAUUAUUUAAAGGAUUUAAGUAACUAGUGUUUUUGUAAAUAAUAAACAGUAUUUUUAAAUAUUGAUCUAUUAAGUUGCUCUAUUAGUUUUAUUUUUUUUGUGAUAGCUCUUUUUCACCAGGGUAAUAUUUUUCUAAUUAGAUUAAAAUUACUAUGUAAUUUUUAUAAAUUUAUUUGAUCUUUUGAGCGUUGAUUCUUUACUCUGACUGUAAACUGAAAAAAAAAAUCUUAGUCUACUACACUCAAAAGAUCGAAUAAAAUUUUAGAUAUAAUUAAAAAAAAAACAAACAAAUUUUUGAGCCCAUGCGAAAUAAAUUGAUGUAUUUAAUAGAAUAAAGUGUACAUUGAGAUUUGUUUUAAAA